UAUUGUAAAUACUUACUGCACUUGGUUACGGCCCUGAUCCUGCCAUUGGAUCUGCCGGUGUAAGGGUCCUCCGGAGGGAGCCUAAAAUUUGCAACUUGAUGAGAAAACAUGCUGAUUUCCUCACCAUGGCUAAUGAAGUACAGUUACUUACUUCUGUACUAAUAGAUGGGUUCUACUCUAUAUGGCUUUAUUUGCAAGCAAGGGCAGAACAGGAAGAGGAGUUCAUCAGUAAUACUCUAUUUAAGAAGAUUCAAGCUUUGCAGAAGGAGAAAGAGACACUUGCAGUAAACUAUGAAAAAGAAGAAGAAUUUCUCACUAAUGAACUCUCAAGGAAACUGAUGCAGCUACAGCAUGAGAAGGCUGAACUGGAGCAGCAUUUAGAGCAGGAACAGGAGUUUCAAGUGAACAAGCUGAUGAAGAAAAUUAAAAAACUGGAAAAUGAUACCAUUUCUAAGCAGCUCACUUUAGAGCAGCUAAGACGAGAGAAGAUUGACCUUGAAAAUACAUUGGAACAAGAACAAGAAGCACUAGUGAAUCGUCUCUGGAAGAGGAUGGAUAAACUUGAAGCAGAGAAACGAAUUUUGCAGGAGAAGUUAGACCAACCAGUCUCUGCUCCACCAUCACCCCGAGACAUAUCAAUGGAAAUAGAUUCCCCAGAAAAUAUGAUGCGACAUAUCAGAUUUUUAAAGAAUGAAGUAGAGAGGUUAAAGAAACAACUAAGAGCUGCACAGUUGCAACAUUCAGAGAAGAUGGCGCAAUAUUUAGAGGAGGAACGUCAUAUGAGAGAAGAGAAUUUAAGGCUCCAAAGAAAACUGCAGAGAGAGAUGGAGCGAAGGGAAGCUCUAUGCAGACAACUGUCAGAAAGUGAAUCCAGCUUAGAAAUGGAUGACGAAAGAUAUUUUAAUGAGAUGUCUGCACAAGGAUUAAGACCUCGAACUGUGUCCAGUCCAAUCCCGUAUACACCUUCACCAAGUUCUAGCAGACCUAUAUCACCUGGUCUAUCAUAUGCAAGUCACACAGUUGGUUUUACACCACCAACUUCACUGACUAGAGCCGGAAUGUCUUAUUACAACUCCCCAGGCCUUCAUGUGCAACAUAUGGGACCAUCCCAUGGAAUUUCAUCUCCACCACAUCUGAUGGAUGAGUCACCUGAGGUUGCUCCAAGCUCAGGUUUUCUUCAAGAUAAUGCUACCACGUGUCACUUAGUCACAAGGCCUUCGCCACGAAGAAGUAACAGCCCUGACAAAUUUAAACGUCCCACUCCUCCUCCUUCUCCAAACACGCAGACCCCAGUCCAGCCACCUCCUCCACCUCCACCACCACCUGUGCAGCCUACAGUCCAAUCAACAGCAUCGCAGUCAGCCACUUUUCAGCAUUCAGUGCAUCCCUCCUCUCAGCCUUAGUGCAUGUGCUCAGCAGUCUGUAUUCAGAGUUGGACUCAUAACAUGGAGCAGUUUACUAAAAGCCAAAGGCUUACCUGGCAUAUUUGGAUUUGACUUACUUGCACUGAGGUUAUAUACGCUUCAUUGUUAAUUGUGUUGUAAACAUUUGUCUAAAAAUGCAGCCAGUGUUGUGGGUCUACAACACUAAUUUAACAAAAUUUUCCAUCAGUGUUUACUUGAACUACAUGUAUGUCCAUUCUCUGGCUGGAACAUUGCUACUCUCUUUGGUAAUACGGCAUUAUGUCGUUUUGCUUGGCUCCAAAGCUUAAUUUUCCUGGCUUUUAGGUUUGUAAAAUUAAAGGGAUAUCUUUUUAUAUUCUUUUCAUGACAUUUUGCAUAAAAUUACAGACAUGAUGGGCUAUAUUAUAAAUUCCUAAAUAUUAACAGUGUUUACCAAGCAUAUGGUAAAUCAGCACUACAUUUCAGUAAUCUGAAGAUACAGCUUUUAGUGCAAAAGUGAAAGUCAAGACACGUUAAUCAGUGCCCAAGACUAUACUCUUAUUGUAUCACCUAAUAAGUACGCUUAAUACAGGUUCAGUAUUCAGCACACAUGACACAUUCAUACCUGUUUAAAAAAAAAACAAAGCCUCAAAUGUAUGGUGCAGUCUGAAGUUAAAUGUGGAGAAUUUAACUUGUCAAAGUAUAUGGAAUGUACAAGUCACGACCGUAAGAUUUGAUUGUCUAAUUUAUCAUAUACGUUAACUUGUAAGCUGUCCAUACUGUGUGUUCUGUCACAAUGAACUUCUAUAAGUGUGGUCCUGCCAGCAAGUUACUGGUGGCUGAUUAAAGUGUGCUCUUUGAUUUGUGCUGCAGAAGGCAAUGUGAUUGUAGAGAACAGCUGAUUUUUUUCUUGUUGAAAUAUGUUAAUUGUGAUUUCCCCUAAAACAAAGUUUGAACAACUAUUUUAAAUGUUCAAAAGACUAUUAGAGAAUAUGGUAUAAGAUGAAUAUUAUAGGAAUAUAUUGGCAUAACAGCCAAAAAUGUUGUAUUGCUUGGUAGAAACAGAACAGAGUACAGAGAAAGUAGCACAACAUGGCACUAAUGAAUGCUUAUUUAGCAGCCUAAGCCGGUACAAUGUAUAAAGAAAUGUAUUCUGAAUACAUUCUUUCAAUUCAUUUAGCACAAAUAAAUUGUUUGGUUUCACUUUGCAGUGGAA